CCCGAGCCCUCCGCGUCCGGGACCAUCGUGCAGGCCGUGCCCGUCUCCCCCGUCGUCAUCACCACGUGGGACUACCAGGACGCCGUCGCCAAGGCGUGGAAGGUGCUGGACACCGAGGGCCGGUCCGCGCUGGACGCCGUGGAGGAAGGCUGCGCGCUGUGCGAGGCCUUGCAGUGCCGUGGCACCGUGGGCUUCGGCGGCAGCCCCGACGAGGCCGGCGAGACCACCCUGGACGCCAUGAUCAUGGACGGCGUGACCAUGGACGUGGGCGCGGUGGCGGCGCUGCGGCGCGUCCGCUCCGCCAUCUCGGUGGCGCGUCGCGUCAUGGAGCGCACCUCGCACACGCUGCUGGCCGGCUCGCAGGCCACCAAGUUCGCGCUGCAGAUGGGCUUCCCCGAGCAGACGCUCGCCACCAACCACUCGCAGUCCAUGUGGCAGGACUGGCUGCUCAACAACUGCCAGCCCAACUUCUGGAAGGCCGGCGUGGCCCCCAACCCGAGGAAGCAGUGCGGUCCCUACCGGCCAAUCGUGUCCGACGUCAAGCUGGUGGUGGCCGAGCCCAAGACCACCCCGGCGCCCAAGCCCACCGAGGCCGCCACCACCACCGAGGCCGUGUCGGCCGAGGCCAAGCAGGACGAGUCCGCCAAGUCCGCCAACGCCAUCCCCGAGGCCGAGCCGGCCGACGCCAAGCCCACCGAGCUGCCGUCCGAAGCCAAGACGACCGAGGCCGUGUCCGAGGCCAAGCCGACUGAACCCACCCCGGAGGCUGCCACUGACGCCGGGUCCGAGGCCAGGCCGACUGAACCCACCCCUGAGGCUGCCACUGACGCCGGGUCCGAGGCCAGGCCGACUGAACCCACCCCUGAGGCUGCCACGGACGCCGUGCCUACUGAACCCGCCCCUGCUCCUGCAACCGAGGCUGCGCCCGAGGCCCGGACAACGGAGGUGGCGUCCGAAGCCAAGCCCACCGAGGCCGUGGCCGAGGCCAACGAACCGCCAACGACCGAAGCGACGCCGACGGCGGCCGCGCCCGAGGCCAAGGCUACCGAGUCGGUGGCCGAGGCCGUGACAACGGAGCCCGCCCCCGACGCCAGGCCCACCGAAACCGCGCCCCAGUUCACGACCGACGCGCCAACGACCGGGAGGCCAGAGCCCGAGGGGGCCGAGUCGGCCGCCCCUGCCCGGAAGCGACGCGCGCUGCGGCACGCCGAGCCGCGCGCCCUGGUGGACCCCUGGAACCACGACACCAUCGGCAUGGUGGCCAUGGACGCCGAGGGCAGGCUGGCCGCCGGCACCUCCACCAACGGCGCGCGCCACAAGAUCGCCGGGCGAGUGGGCGACUCUCCCAUCCCCGGGUCCGGGGCGUUCGCCGACCAGGAGGUGGGCGCGGCCGCGGCCACGGGGGACGGCGACGUCAUGAUGCGCUUCGUGCCGUCCUUCCUGGCCGUGGAGCUGAUGCGGCAGGGCAAGACGCCGCAGGAGGCGGCCGACGAGUCCAUCGCGCGGAUCGGCGCGCGCUACCCGGACUUCUCCGGGGCCCUCAUUGUGCUGCGCAAGGACGGAGAGUUCGCCGCCGCCUGCCACAACCUGCCCGUCAGGGUCUUCCCCAAUGGCUUCCCGCUCACCAUGCGCUCGGCCGACGUCUCCCAGGUCACCAUCAAGUACUACCCGUGCCAGGGCGGCCGCAAGCACGACCGCCAGCUCCUGGAGGGCGACUGGUGACGCGGCGGAGAUGCUUCCCGCCGCGCUACUGUAAAACAUCACUGUGAUAUUAUGUUUUUCCCUGGCCUCGUGUUGGACAGUAAAAGUAAGAUUGUUGUCUGUUUUA